AUGGUUUCAGAUGUUUACAUUCAACAUGACUUGACAUCUGAUGGUUUAUCCAACAAAAACAAAUGCUAUGCUACAGAUAUGGAAACCAGUUUUGAUCCAACCUAUUUAUUACCAGAUUAUUCAAAAUUGUCGGAUAGUCAAUUUACACAAACAUUAUUAACAUCAACAUCAACUAUUAUAAAUCAAGAUAACCUUAUUGAAGUAUUGAAUAAGAAAGACAUACCCAUCUUUAUUCGUCAACUUACACAAUUACUCAAUAAAUUAAAUUAUUCUCAAUUACAACAUGAACAAUGGUCUUACUAUUAUAAUCUUGGCAUGACCGAAGAUCAAUAUCAAUUACGACUUGAACUUGACAAACGAAAGAAAAUGCUUCGACUAGAUGCUGAAGAACAUCGACUCAUUGAAAACUUUUAUGCACUAAAGCCAAGACAAACGGAAAGAAAAUCGGCAAAGAUUAUAUGGAAAGCUAUACACGAACAACAAAACAUAAUCGAUGAAAUUGCUAUAUUUAAGAAAUGGCUUGAAGUUCACGCACAAGCAUCAUCAUAUACACUUCAAGAUGUUCAACUAUCAAAAAUAAAUCAUAUCUUCAUAUCACUAUGCUUUCAAGGUGCAACAUCAUCUACCGAACAUGUCGCUGAACAAACAAUAGCUAAAGCCGAACAAAUGGGGCAAUACUACAGCAAAAUAAUAAACAAUGAAAAAAAUAAGCUACUAUCUACUAGAUCUUAUCAUAAAAAUAUUCAGCAAUCCGAUGAAAUCAUCAACAUCAUCAGCCAACGUGAACACAAUAUGAAAUAA